ACAUUUCGUUUGACGUUUGCAAGGAGUCGAAACACGUUGGGAGCUACCGACGAGAGCUGGUGCAUCAUGUCCGAGGCGAAGAAAAUAAAGUUAGACUCGACGGAGAAAGGAUCGCAACAACGGAAAGCCAAGCAUGGAAAAGCAGGCAAGCGCAACUAUUACGCGAAGGUGCGAGACAACAAUGGCACAGGCGAUGGACCGAGGGACCGCUGCAUCAAACCCGGCCAUCGAGGAAUUCUGGUAACGUGCAACGGGCACGUUCGUGACUGUGUACGCGACAGCUAUCGCAUCCUGAAUGAAUACGCAGACGAACUGUACGGACCGGUUGAAACCCCGCGCUGCGAAGAUGAAACUCAGCCCGAUGGUGGCAGCGACGAGGAGGACAUCUCGGUCAAGCUGCAAAAGGAGGCGGAAGCGGCCGGUAAAAAGCGUAAUGCAGCGUCUUUCCGCUUCCAGAGCGUGGAGAGCGGGGCCAUGAACUGCCUCUUCAUCCAGACCGUGCUGCCCGAUCCGAACGAGAUUGUCGUGAAGCUAAUGCGAGAUUUGAGCGCUACCAAAAAGCACAAAUCUCGCUUCAUUCUGCGAAUGUUGCCCAUUCAGGCGGUGUGCCGUGCGAACCUGAAGGACAUCAUGGAUGUCGUUGGGCGAUUAGGUGACCAGUACUUUCUGAAGGAGCCGAAAACGUAUGCCAUCGUGUUUAACCGUCGGCUCAACAAUGACCUCUCGCGGGACGACGUAAUUCGCGAGCUGGCCGAUCUCAUCACGUCCAAGAAUGCGGGAAACAAGGCGAACCUGAAAAACCCCGAACUGGCGGUCAUUGUGGAAACAAGGCGGCAUCCUGCCCGAAUAUUACCUGAAAAACCCCACCGUCACUGGCGGUCAUUGUGGAAGUUAAAAGAUGGGGAGAAAGCAAAGUCGCCCAAAAUAACGACUCCAUCCGACGAAGCUUCUGGGUAA